UAGCUGCAGCUUAAAAGUGCAUUAGCUCAAGAUCAAGCUCCACCUUGCAAUAUUCAUGGUGAUCUAUAAAACUAAUUAAUUAAUUAAUUGCUUUCAAUCUUCUUCGAUCCCUCUCAUCAACACUCCCCAGGCCACUUUAACUCUUCACUUGUACUAUAAUAUAGCUUCCUCUCUUCUUCUUUUUAUCAUGAGCGCUACUAUAAGUAGCUCUCCCUUCACCGAUCGAAUUCGAUCCCCACAUACAUACAUAGACUCACCUACAGAAGCAAACACUUGCGAUUAUGGCCGCCAUAGCAAUGCAGUUUUUUCUCUUCCAACUCAUGUUUCUAUUCAACUUACGUCUUCAUGGCGUUUAUGGAGACUACGGUGGCUGGCACAGCGCCCACGCUACGUUUUACGGUGGCAGUGACGCUUCUGGCACAAUGGGGGGAGCAUGCGGAUAUGGCAACUUGUACAGCCAGGGAUAUGGGAUUAGCACUGCAGCUCUAAGCACUGUUCUAUUCGACAAUGGCUUCAGCUGCGGAGCUUGUUACCAAUUGAGAUGCAAUGACGACCCCAAAUGGUGCCUCCCCGGCACCAUCACCGUGACCGCCACCAACUUUUGCCCUCCUAACUAUGCUCUCUCUAACGACAAUGGUGGCUGGUGCAACCCCCCUCUACAACACUUCGAUUUGGCAGAGCCUGCUUUCUUGCGCAUUGCUAAGUAUCGAGCUGGAAUCGUGCCCGUAGUCUUCAGAAGGGUCCCGUGUGUGAAGAAAGGAGGCAUAAGGUUCACCAUCAAUGGCCAUUCUUACUUCAACUUGGUACUGAUAACAAAUGUUGGGGGUGCUGGCGAUGUCCGGACGGUGUCAAUCAAGGGGUCUAAGACAGGAUGGAAAACCAUGUCAAGAAACUGGGGACAGAAUUGGCAGAGUAAUUCAUACCUCAAUGGCCAGAGCCUCUCCUUCAAGGUGACCACCAGUGAUGGCAGGACCGUCACUAGCUACGAUGUUGCGCCGUCCGGUUGGGAAUUCGGACAGACCUUCGAAGGAAACCAGGUACCCCUCCGAAACUGAAUGUUCAUGAAAACUUGUACGUUUAAGGAGUGAAUUGGUAAGUUAAUGCCGAGGAGACAAAAAGCCUGCUCCUGCUAGGCUUGUUUGUAACAUAAAAAUAAAAAUCUAUAACUUUGUUGAAAACCGAGUGUUGACUUAAUUAAGUAUCUUCAUCCACCUGAACUUUGAAUUAUAUUACAAUUAUUAGGAUAUUGUUAUCUUCUUCUUC